AUGCGCCCUGAGCGCGCGGCGCCCGCGGGAUGGAGACCCACAGUUCGGUUUGAGGAGUCUCUGGCUAACAAGUAUUGUUUUCUAAAAGGAACAUGGACCUUUGAUGCAAAGAAACCUGUAAAAACGAAAGAGAGGACUGCUGAGAGGAAGAUGAAGACAGAAGAAGGACUCACAGAAAACAUUGGACUUCCCCUGAAUCUGCUAGAAAAACACGAGCCCUGGCCAGCCUAUGUCACGUAUACCUCCCCGAUAGUGAAAAGGCUCAUUGAGGAAAGCAAAAUGAGAGAACUGGAAUGCACACGAACUUUUGAGGAGGGCCGCUGCAAGCAGAACAAGCCUUCUGGCGUCAUUCAGCUCAAAAGGAGAAAGUCGUCCAAGUCCUCUGGUGACGUGUACACGGACAUGUUGUCAGACACCACGCUAUCGUUGUGGGGUGCUUACUCUGUAUUGGCCGUGAGUCCCGCCACGAUCUCAGAACCCACACGCAUACACACAGAUUCCAGAGAAUGUCCCACUGCAAACUAUAACAAGAUCAUCUUCUCCCGCAAGCCUAUGAUGAGGAUGCUUCCGUACAGCUCGCUACUGGCCAGCAAGGAGAAACAUUCACAAGUGUAG